AUGGUCGAUGCCCAGCUGCACUCGACCAUUGUUCCUAAUCCCAUUGUCUCACAGACAAUGGAAAUAACUCAGGCGCGCAAGACCAUCGCCCUUGUCGCAUCCCCUCUCCCUAGCCCGCCCGCUGUGUCUACAGCAUCCCCCGCCCCGUCACCCUCGACCUCGCAGGUCGCUUCCUCCCAAGGUGCCGCUAAGCCCAAAAGCGCACCAAAAAACAAACCUCCGCCGCCUGUAUACUUACAGGACAAGGCAAAAUGGACCGAAGUGUCCAAGCUGUGUGUUGAUCGUAAGAUCAACUACAGAUCGGCCUCCAAUACCGGCAACGGUAUAAAAAUCGUCCUCCCUACGUCAGACGACUAUAGGGAGAUAACUAAAGCGCUAAGAGCGAGGAACAUUUCGUUCCACACAUACUCCCUCCCCGAGGAAAAACCUCUCCGGGUCGUCAUUACCCGUAUUCCGAAGGAAAUCCCUUCGGAUGACAUUUUAAGUGACCUUAAGUCACAAAACAUCCCUGCGACGCAAGUCCAUAGGAUGCACCGCGCCCGCAGCGGCCACGCCUUCGACAUGGUGCUCGUAGUAUGCGAGCCGUGUCCUUCUAAAAUCCACCCGAUUUUUAACAUCAAAUCGGUAUGUAAUUUAACCGGCAUCUCAAUCGAGAAGCCAAAUAGAUCUGGCAUUGUAUCCCAAUGCCACCGUUGCCAACUGUGGGGUCACUCACAGCGCAACUGUUUCGCCCAGCCUAGGUGCGUGAAAUGCCUAGGCCAACACGGCACCUCCGACUGCCCGCGACCCAAGGACCGCACUCUGUGCACCGAGCCUCCGAGCUGUGUACUCUGCGGCGCCUCAGGUCAUCCCGCCAACUACCGCGGCUGCCCAAAGGCCCCAAAAACGUCUCCCAAGCUGGCCAAGCGUGCAAACGCCCGCCAGCUAAGGGAAAGCCCAUCAGCGAGGCUACCUACCGCUCAACUUCCCGAGCGUCUCAGCCCACAACGGCCCUCCCCAUGGAACCCUCUCAACCAUCAGAGAGCCUUUCCAACCCCGAGGCCAACUCAGCACCAGCCAACUCCCGCCCCGUGGUCCUUCGAGCCGGAUUGUGAAGAAACUCGUCUCGUCGAAGUCAAGCUCGUCAGCUGCAAGAUGCCAGUCACACGCUCCGAGGGGAGGGGCCGCAAGCCGUCGAACACGCAGCCAGCACCGUCGUCGCCCGCAGAAACUACAGAAACUUCAGCGACCGGUACCAGCACGGAAGCCACCACGACACAGACGGGGACAACUGCCACGGAGGACUCCGAAGAAACGACAGCCUCUGGGACGACCGACCCUACCACUGUGACCUCCGCCGCCAGCGUCUCGACCGCCGCCGCCGCCACAGCAGCCGCCGCCGUGCCUCCCGCACCGGCUGCCACCGCCCCCCCCGCCGCGGCCGCCAAGCUGCCCUCCGUCGCGACUACGCUCACCGCAUCGAAACAGCUGAUGAAGCCGCCUGCCGCUGCCACGUCGAAAAGUCGCCGUGAAGGUGACGCCUCAACAGUCAAGCGAAUCGUCAAGAACACCGCCGAAAACAAGAAGCCAGCUGAUCCGCCGCUUCCCCGCCCCCCUAGCAAGAAAGGGGGUGAGGGGGGUUCAACGUACAGCAAGUCGAAGAAAAUCUCCAAAGCCAAGGAAGAGUUGCUACGCCUUCAGGUGGAGCUGGCAGCAGCCCGCCUGGCCGCACUAGAAGCCGAAGAUACAGAAGAGGAAGAUGAAGAGGAGGAACAAGACUCCCUCUACUCCGAGGUCAACGCCCGCGUCGACAACUGGUUGGACAAUCAAGUGGCCCGUCCCGUCUUAGCCAUCGCCAACGAGCCACACUGCCCUCCGCCGCAACCGACAGUCGUCCGCGACGUCCCCCCGCAGCCAGAAGAAACUCAUCGAGUACCGGCGGGAGGACAAACCGACCUCACCCUCUUAGCAGAAGCAAUCACCAAGGCUGUCAAGGCGGCUCAGCGACCGAAGUUCAUCGAACUACCUAUAUUCAGCGGGUCACAUCAAGAGUGGCUGCCUUUCCGCGCCGCCUACUACGAGUCUGAGUCAACAUUCAGCAUCGUCGAAAACAUCAACAGAUUAAGAAGAAAUCUGAAAGGAAAAGCAAGAGAAGCAGUUGAAGGGUUGCUCAUCACAAACACGCACCCUUCAGAAGUUAUGAAGACAUUGGAGUCAAGAUUUGGCAGACCAGAAUCCAUCGCCAUGUUAGAAAUGGAAACACUUCGAAGCCUGCCACGCCUCUCCGAGUCGCCGAGAGACAUCUGUAUAUUCGCCACGAAGAUUUCUAACGUCGUCGCAACACUGAAAACACUGGGUUGUUACAACUACAUGCACAGCCCGGAACUCGCGAAGACACUGGUGGACAAGUUAACACCGACGCUACGGUACCGUUAUUACGACUUCUCGUCGACGCAACCAAAAGAAGAUCCCUGCCUCAUCAAACUGGAGAGAUAUCUCAAGAGAGAAGCUGAGUUAUGCGGGCCUUACGCAUUACCCGAACAGGUGGCAGCACUAUCUACGACUGCGCCUACGAAGAAAACACAACGAGUCACCAACGUCACAGAAAAACGCUACACGCCGAAAUGCUUCGUGUGCGACGAAACAAAUCACACUAACAUAACCGAGUGUGAAACUUUCAAGAAGAUGGAAACUGAUUCAAGAUGGGAUACAGCAAAGUCCAAACGCCUCUGCUUCAGAUGUCUGCGGUAUAGGAACAAGACUCACCACUGUCGUGCGCAGCCAUGCGGGGUCAACGGCUGCAAGUACACGCACAACAAACUGCUUCAUCAAGACAAGAAGUCAGAACAAGCUGAAAAGACUGAAAAUACAGAAAAUGAAUCGAAGACUGAAAGUAUCAACUCGGCGUGGACAGUCAGGAAACAGUCUUACCUGAAAAUCCUGCCAGUUCAGGUGAACGGACCGAAGGGAAGCGUCAACACGUUCGCGUUAAUGGACGACGGGUCGACGGUCACGCUCGUAGACGAUGACGUCGCGGCGAGCGUCGGUGCAACAGGGCCAUCCGAUCCACUGAAGCUAGAAACUAUAAAUGAAAUGAAGGCGGCCGAAUCUGCGUCACGAAGAGUUACUAUCGGCCUCAAGGGGAAAAAUAAAUGCGAAGAAACAGUACAGGCGAGAACAAUAAGAAACCUACAAGUGUCCUCCCAGCGGGUGCCUCAAGAGUUGGUGGAAAGAUGUCCGCACUUAUCUGACAUCAAAGACCACCUCGCGUACGCCAACGCCAAGCCCCGCAUACUUAUUGGCCAGGACAACUGGCAUCUUCUGAUCACUGAAGAAACAAGAAGAGGCGACAAAAACCACCCGGUGGCAUCACUCACGCCACUCGGAUGGGUACUACACGGCAGUCAAACAACAACACUCGGCCGGAAGAUCGACUUCGUUUCUCACGUGACAGAAGCAGAAGAUGACCUAGAAAGCCUGGUCAAGAGGUACUUCGAGGUCGACGCCCUCUGCAUUAACCCGAAGAGACCAAAAUCAGAUCCAGAGGAAAAAGCGCUUCAGAUACUGGAACAGAAAACAGAAAAGGUCAACGACACGCGUUAUCAAACCGGCCUGCUCUGGAAGAAGGAAAACAUCACGUUACCCGAUAACUAUGAAAACUCACUGAAAAGGCUCUACAACAUAGAGAAGAAGAUCGACCGUGACCCCGCCCUUAAGAAAAAAUACGUCGAACAAAUGGAAGCCCUUAUAGAGAAGGGUUACGCCGAGCCCGCGCCACGUGAGAAAACUCCUGAUAAAACAUGGUACCUGCCUCACUUCGCGGUCAUCAACCCCAUGAAGCCAGACAAACUGCGAGUAGUUCACGACGCCGCCGCCAAAAGCAGAGGUGUAGCACUCAACGAUAUGCUACUGAAAGGCCCGGAUUUACUUCAGUCUCUACCGGGCGUCGUCAUGCGCUUCAGGCAACACCUCAUCGGCGUCACAGCAGACAUCAAAGAAAUGUUUAUGCAGGUGAAACUACGAGCUGAAGAUAGAGACGCGCUGCGGUACUUAUGGCGCGGGGAGCGUCGCGACGAUAAACCUCCGGAAGAAUACCGAAUGACAUCACUGAUAUUCGGGGCGUCAAGUUCACCGUCAACAGCGAUUUAUGUGAAGAAUUUGAACGCCAAACAACACGAGGUCACUCACCCCGAGGCCGCAGCUGCUAUUGUAAAUAAACAUUACGUCGACGACUACCUAGACAGUUUUAGAAGCCUGGAAGACGCCAUACGCAUAUCUACUAGUGUGCGUGAAGUACACAAGAAGGCUAGCUUCGAGCUGAAGCAAUGGAAGUCUAACUCAGCGCCACUCCUGGAAGCCCUGGGAGAAGAAACCCAGACAGGGAACCUGGAGCUGUAUAAAACCAAAGAACAGACCGAAAGAGUACUGGGUGUCAUCUGGAGAAUGAAGUCCGACGAGCUGACUUUCAACCUAAACAUGGCCAGAAUACCUACAGCACUCGUCGAAGGGAAACGACCGACUAAACGGGAAGCCUUGCGUAUCGUGAUGUCGCUCUUCGAUCCGCUGGGGUUCGCUUCGCCUGUCACUAUCCGGGCAAAACAGCUGCUCCAAGAAGUCUGGCGCCGAGGCACUGCAUGGGACGACUACAUAGAUCAAGAUCUGGCCGAGCAGUGGGAGUCAUGGAUGGGACAGCUGAAAAGUCUCCACGACGUAACCAUCCCACGACGCUACCUGAAAUACAGCGACGCCUCCACGCUCGAGCUCCAUGUAUUUAGCGACGCCAGCGAGUCCGCCUAUACAGCUGUCCUGUACUGGAGGGCAGUGACCUCCGACGAAGAAAUCGGCGUAUCCCUUAUCAUGGCCAAGGCGAAAGUGGCGCCACUGAAGCUCACCAGUAUACCCAGACUGGAGUUGCAAGCCGCAGUCAUGGGUACUCGACUCGCCGACGCCGUAAUCGAAGAACACGAGAAAAAACCCGACCGUAAGGUAUUCUGGACCGACAGCCGAACAGUACUCACAUGGAUCAGAACGGGGUCACGGUCAUAUAAACCGUACGUGGCCCACCGACUCGCAGCAAUAGAAGACAGUACUAAGGUCAAUGACUGGCGCUGGAUACCGACAAAACAAAAUGUCGCCGACGACGCAACAAGAGACGUGCCAGCCGCGUUUGAUAAAAAUCACCGGUGGUACAAAGGGCCAGACUUCCUAUACCUACCGGAAGACUCGUGGCCUACAGAACCCGCACCGCCUACAACGCUCGAAGAAAACUGUGAAGAAAGGACGCAUCACAUAAGCAACAAACGAAAACACAGACUAGCCGAGAGUCUGCCUGACCCGACGAAAUUCUCCAACUGGGACCGCCUCCGGUACGCAACCGCACGCGUGCUUCAGUUCAUCGACCUCUGCAAGACAACUACACAAAAGGUCAACUACCGACGAACCAAGAAAAACAAGGAAGCAGAUCCUGCGUGGAAGAGAACUAGAACUGCGACGGAAAAACAACAGGCGCCUAGACCAAAGAAACAAUCGACACUCGACCUACGCCCUGUAACAGCUGACCUCCUUAUAAGAGCUGAAGAACUUCUGAUGCGCUCCACACAGGAAGAGACCUUCACAGAAGAAAUCGAUUGUCUUAACAGCGGGAAAUCGAUCGCCAAGGAAAGCCGCCUGCACCAACUCAGCGUCGAGUGCGUCAACGGCUCGCUCCGACUACGCAGCCGUAUCCGAGCAGCAGAAAACAUCAAGGAAAAUGUCAAAAGCCCACUGGUUGUCAGCGGAGAGCACCCGACGGUGAAAUUAUGGAUAAAGGCAGUUCACCGACAGCUUCAUCACGCCGGCGUCGAAGCAACCAUUAACGAGUGCCGCCAACAGUACUGGGUGCUGCGGUUGCGUCCUAUAACACGCACAGUUAUCAAACAGUGCCUCUUCUGCCGCAUGAAGACACAGACGCCGCCGUACCCGAGAACCGGUGACCUGCCAGCGUGUCGCUUAGCUCACCAUAAGCGACCCUUUACAUUCACCGGAGUAGACUACUUCGGCCCCCUCUCCGUGACCGUCGGACGCGCCAGACAAAAAAGAUACGUGGCCAUUUUCACGUGUCUCACGACGCGAGCCAUACACCUCGAAGUUGCCGGCUCGCUCAGUGCCGACUCAGCAGUGAUGGCGGUCAGGCGGAUGAUCGCGCGACGAGGUUGUCCGACCGAGAUCUGGUCGGAUAACGGCACCAACCUGAAAGCUGCUGACAAAGAAUUACGACAAACAAUCGACGCAGCCACAGCGGAGGAAGCAGCCAAGAAAACCAUUUCCUGGCGCUAUAUCCCGCCUGGAGCACCGUUUAUGGGCGGCGCCUGGGAACGCAUGGUGCGCUCCGUGAAGAACGCGCUCGCAGCAACACUGCACGAGCGCCACCCCACCGAAGAAGUACUCGCCACUCUACUCGCCGAAGUAGAGUACACAGUAAACAGCCGCCCGUUGACACACGUCUCCGUCAACGCAGAAGAUCCAGAGGCCCUGACCCCUAAUCACUUCUUAUUAGGAGGCCCGGGGCGCGUGCCACAGCCAGGCACAUUCACCGAGCGCGACGCAGCUUCCCGAUCCAGCUGGCGAGCCGCGCAGAGACUCGCCGACAUCUUCUGGCUCCGCUGGGUAAAGGAGUAUCUUCCCGAGCUCCAACACCGGCGGGAGCCACACGGCCGGGGUCAAGAGGUCAAGGUGAAUGACCUCGUGCAGAUCGUCGACCCGAACCUGCCCCGCAACGUGUGGCUACGAGGACGAGUCGUCGCGACGUAUCCUGGCCCCGAUGACGUCGUGCGGACGGUGGACGUGCAGACCAAGGGAGGAGUGCUGCGUCGGCCGGUGAGAAAGCUGGUGAUCCUGCCGCUGUCAACAGACGACGCACCCGCACCGGAAUGAGAUACGACUCAGUCGCACGGCGGGAGUGAUGUGCGGGACAAUACGAAUCGUAAAAUAAUUACGCGAGUGCGGAACAAUAUGUGUCGUGAAUAAUUAUACGAUCGAAGUGAUUAUGUUUCAAUAUUUAUAUCUUAAUGUUUUAAUGUUUGUUGUUUGAUAGUCUAAUAACAUUUGUAAGAUACUUUAAAAUUGUAAAAUGACUAGGUUAAAUUCACUUUAUAAAGUAGACUAGGGCCCAGACCGCACGCCAAAACGCGUGGGCCAAUAAGAAGCAAGUGUCGAAACAAGAAAUUUGUAAAUAUUUUCUUAUUGGUCUAAUUUAACGCGCUCUGAUUGGUCGUCCAAUCAGAGCUUUAGAAAUAGUUUGCCCAAAAUUGUAUAAAAUGAGAGCCAUUGUAAGCCGCUCAAGCAGUCGGCAGGCAACAUUUGAAGAAUAAACAGAACUGAAGAAAGCGAC